GCAACAUUACAUCCGGGGCUGUAAACCUCUCCGUCUGUUUAUAUUUUGGGUGUAAGUUUUGAAUUUUUCUUGUUAAAAACCGCGAGACGGUUCGGUCCUUAUUAAACGACACAUAAAACAACAAAAGUGCCACUGAACACUGUCUACAACAGCUGGCCCCGCCGCUGCCUGUCACCAUGCCCGCCCUGUUGGAGAGACCCAAGCUGUCCAACGCGAUGGCCAGAGCCCUCCACAAGCACAUUAUGAGGGAGAGAGAGCGCAAGAGACAAGAGGAGGAAGAGGUGGACAAAAUGAUGGAGCAGAAGAUGAAAGAGGAGGAAGAGAGGAAGCGGACAAAAGAAAUAGAGGAGAGGAUGUCUUUGGAGGAAACCAAAGAACAGGUAAUGAAGAUGGGGGAAAAACUCCAAGGCCUCCAAGAGGAGAAACACCAGCUCUUCUUACAACUCAAGAAGGUACUUCAUGAAGAGGAGAAGAGGCGCAGAAAGGAGCAGAGUUGCAUUUUUGUUCUUUCUAGUGAUAUCACAACAUUGACGUCGGCGAGCUACCAACCCAGCUUGCCCAUGCACGCAGGGCAGCACCUCCUCAGCAUUCAAGGCAGUCCAGUCAGCCACAGUCGACCUGGAGCGCUACUUGGAGAACGUAGUAAACAGCUGUUCCCAACAGCUGUGAUUCCAGCACGUCACUAUCAAACCGCCGGGUUCAGCUCGGGCUCGGCAGAGCACGGCCAGUUCAGCGGUAGCCAGGGGGUCCAUGAGUCCUACGGGGUGGCUCAGGCCCAGCACCCCUCCACCUACGCCCCUGGACCAUCGGUACCCGUCAGUUUCGCAAGCAGUUCUCAGAUCAGAGGUGCGUCUGCCUUCCAGGCCAUGCAGUACCUCCCCCACCAGCAGCCCGGCUACCCCGUCCACAGUCACUUCACCUCCCAGCCUGGAUACAUUCCCGGAGCAGGGAUACCCCUCCAAAAGCAGCUGGAACAUGCCAACCAACAGUCCGGCUUUACCGAUGCAGGCACUUUGAGGCCGAUGCAUCCACCAACCAUGCACCCUUCUGCUCCGGGACUGCUGCCCACACCAUCGCUGGCCGUCCAGAUUUCUACUGCAAAGGCCCCGUUUCAGACCUCCCCCCAGAGUGCUCCUCGCCACGGCUUCCUCCCCCACAGCCAGAGCGGCCAGAGGUUCUACCACCACGGAAAGUAACUCCUCUUCAUCGUCACCGAGCUUCACUCACAGUUCUGGAGAACCUUUUGGACGAGUAAUCGACUUCUCCAAAAUAACGUCAUUUGGCUGGAUUAUGCCUUCUGAUUUGUGUUUUAUUCCAUGUACAGUACCGUUUUGGGCUUUGUUAAUAAGUGACUAUCAGUCCUCAUGCUUGUGUGUUUUUGUAAACAUCCAACAUGGAUUUUUACAUAAUAAGGAGAAAAUACCAGGUGCUCUUGAAGUCAAAGGGAAGCCUCAGGGCUGACUUCAGGCACACUCGCACCGAGCCAGGGAAGAAGUUAAAAUGCCCUUUUUUGCCUUUGAACUCCUCCUUCAAGCUGUGCCCUGAGGAAGACCCCCGUUGUACUUUUUAACUUUGAUAUGUCCUAAACUUAAAAACGGCAUUUAACCUUCAUCAUUGGCUGCGAGUUGGCCUGAAGUAAGCCCAGAGGUUUCCCUUUGUCUACAGAUUGUUAUAUUACCGACACUGCAAAGACGUUCUGGAGGACGAUGUGCGCUAAAAUGUCAAUAACUUGUAUAAAGAAAGACUUAUUCUUUGUUUAGCAUUCAUAAUUACACCAUCAGUGGAGGGUUUCCAGUUUGUAGAUUAAGUCUACAUGUUUUCCCUCUAACGUAACACGCACACUGAUGAACACUGCUAUUACUGAAACACAUUGACUUAACCUAAGGAGUCCAUUUCACUGUGUUGCUGGAUUCUGGUUCAUCUCAAUGGACCCAUUAGAGUUGGUUAUAUCGAAUGAAAUCAAGAUGGCUAUGUUUCUUCCAAAAUUAUGGCUUUCCAGUAUUAUUUUUUGGCGUUGUCCUCUACAGACCUAAUGAAGUCUGAGUCUCUGUUUUCAAAGCUUUUAUGUCGCUAAAUAAAAUAACAAAAUGCCAAGCCCAA